UGCUUCGGCACCGCUUAAGUUUGCCAAAAUGCUGUCUAGGUAGACAGUACAUUACGUUUUGAAACACAACCCGAGUAUUUAAGGGGAGGAGAAUCAGCGCUCGUGUGAAAAUGGCGUCUCCGAAAACAGUGCCUAAAGAUGCACAGGUUAUGAUGCAGAUUCUUAAGGACAUGGGGAUCACGGAGUACGAGCCCAGAGUGAUCAAUCAAAUGCUGGAGUUUACAUACAGAUACGUAACAACUAUUAUUGAAGAUGCUAAAAUAUAUUCCACCCAUGCCAAAAAGUCCAGUGUGGAUGCAGAUGAUGUGAGGUUAGCAAUCCAGUGUAGAGUGGAUCAGUCUUUCACAUCUCCUCCACCACGAGAUUUUCUGUUGGACAUUGCAAGACAGAAGAACCAAACUCCUUUGCCCCUGAUCAAACCAUACACAGGCCCACGUCUUCCACCAGACCGCUACUGUCUCACUGCACCAAACUACAAACUGAAGUCCUUGCAGAAAAAGGUGCCUUCAUCUGCGGGCAGGAUAACAGUGCCACGGUUAAGUGUGGGGGCAGUGUCCAGUAGACCAAGCACUCCAACUCUUGGUACGCCAUCAGUGCAGACAGUGGGAACUAAAGUGGGGACGCCUGUGUCACUGACCGGCCAGCGCUUUACAGUUCAGAUUCCCUCCUCACAGGCUGCCUCUGUCAAAUCAGCUACUCCUACCACUCCCACAGUUCAAAAUGUCCUCAUCAACCCCUCUCUCAUUGGCUCCAAGAACAUCCUAAUUACUACCAAUAUGGUGUCACAGAAUUCAUCUAGUGACUCCACCUCUCUUAAGAGGAAGCAUGAAGAUGAGGAUGACUAUGAUGCUUUAUGACCUGCUGUGGUUUCUUACUAGUAUAGAAGUGAUUCUGUAAAUAACCAAUCGAUAACUAUGAAUUUGCCUUUCAGUAGCUUUGUCUUGUUUAGAUACUUACACAAUAACAGCCAAUUACCAUUUAUUGUUCAUUUUUGGAAGUAAAAAAAAAUAAAAAUAAAUUCAUAAA